AUGAGUUUCUUUCAGAGAGGACUCGCUGCGCAAGCGUCGGCGUUUGCGAUCGGUCCGCGACCGCGGCCAAUUACCCCGGCACGAUUGCCUUUGCGCCGGGUGCGACAGCCUCGACGACACAAUUCUGCCCAGGCCUCGAAGCCUGAGACUCUCGAAGGAAAAGCCGUGGAGGAUGCCUUGUCACUGAACAACAAGCAUGGGAAACCGGGCUCCAACCCUUCGUCUUCAUCGCCACCCACCCCUUCACCGUCUUCUUCCCCCCAGAAUACCGCUGCCACCGCCGCAGGUGUAGCAGCCGCGUCGCAUACUACAACAACAUUGACAAGGUCCCAGAGACUGGGCGAGAUCAUAAAAGCGGGACCGCUGGGGAAGUUUGGGAGGUGGUAUGCUCGUGUGCAGAGGGAACGGCCAUACCAGACACAGCUGUGGAGCUCCAUUGUCAUUUACCUGUGCGGUGACUUGAGUGCGCAGUUGCUAUUCCCAUCGGAGAAACCCGCACCGGUGGAUGAUGACCAAACCACGUCCAAAGCACCCGCGGGGUCAAAGGACGAGGACGAAAAUAAGCCGAGCUUUGUGAGCAGCUACGACCCAUGGAGAACAGUCCGGCAUUUGAUCGUGGGUGCAGGCUCCAGUAUCCCAUCAUAUAAAUGGUUCUGGUUCCUCCACAAUAAUUUCAACUAUUCAUCUAAGCUGCUCUCGGUCUUGACCAAGGUCACCGUGCAGCAGAUCUGUUUCACCCCCGUCUUUAAUUCCUACUUCUUCAGCGUGCACUCCCUUCUCGCAGGUGCUACCUUUGAGGAGACCUGGGAGCGCUUGAAGAAGGCUCUUCCCGUCAGCAUUACCAACAGCGUUAAGCUCUGGCCCGGCGUCACGGCAUUCAGCAUCAUGUACGUGCCACCAGAGUUCCGGAAUGUCUUCUCGGGAGUUAUUGCCGUUGGUUGGCAGACGUACCUGAGUUGGUUGAACCAGAAGGCUGCGCGUGAGGUGCAGCAAGAGGAGGCUGAGUUUGAAGCCGUUUCAUCACAUGGGAUGCCCGGGAAUCUAAUUCCUGCUGGCCAGCCCGCAUAA